AUUUGUUUCCACCCGGAAUCAUUACACGUGUGUACCACAAGCGUGUUGUAUUCAACAAGCUUUCAAGUUGGGUAAUAUGGUUGUGAAAUGUGUCUAUUCCCUACGAAUUGAAACGUUUUUGGGUGUUGUAAGUUUCUAAGAGUUGUUUUCAGGGUAAAGUGAGAAAACUGACAGUCCGACAUGAAGAUUAAACGACAGAAACAAGCCAAGAAGUCCAUCACUUUCUACAAAUACAACUUCCGCUUCAGGGAACCUUUCCUGAUUCUUCUGGACGGGACUUUUUGUCAGGCGGCGUUGAAGAACAAGAUUCAACUSAAAGAACAGAUGCCCAAAUAUCUGAUGGGGGACGUGCAGCUGUGCACCACCAACUGUGUUCUGAAGGAGUUGGAGACUCUCGGGAACCAGCUGUACGGAGCUAAAAUCAUCCUGCAGAGGUUCCAGGUGAGGAGAUGUUCUCAUUUCAAGAACCCAGUUCCUGCUUCAGAGUGCCUGCUGUCCAUGCUGGAGGACACAAAUCCACAACACUACUUUGUGGCUACGCAGGACCCAACGGUGACAGACGGUCUGAAGAAGAUCCCGGGUGUUCCUCUGCUCUACAUCGUCCUCAACACCAUCGUGCUGGACAAACCCAGCCAGGCGUCCCUGGACCACGUCCGGGCCGUGCAGCUGGGGGAGCUGGUGACCCCCGCCCAGCAGCAGAGCAUCCGCAGCCUGAAGGAGGAGCAGGGCAUCGGCCGCAAGGACGGAGAGAGGCGAGGAAAGAAGAGGAAGAGGAAGCAGAGCAACCCCAACCCUCUGAGCUGCCUGAAGAAGAAGAAGAAGAAAGGACUGCCGACACCGCCGCUGAGGAAGGCGGAGCCUGGAGAGAGGAGGAAGAGUCGACACAAGAGACGGAAAAAAGGAGACAACAUGGCUGCUGCUGCGGUCAUCAACACAUAACGUGACACUUUUAUUCUUAAAACAGCAUUUUAUAAGUUAUACAGGAUGUGAAUGAUAACAUAAUUCAUUUGUAUUUUUCAGACAAUAAAUCAGAGUUUAUGGUUUAAAAUAUU